AUGGUGACGAUCUGUACCUACAAUGCACGUACACUUGCGUUAAAGUCCUCCAUAGAAGACUUGCUCAUGCAAGCAAGAAAGAUAAGGUACGACGCUAUAGGCCUGGCCGAGACGAAAAGACGCCAGCUUUUCAACGGCGUUUAUGACACCGGAGAAGAAGUGUUCCUCGAAACAUCCGAUACAAGAGGAGUCGGCGGCGUCGGCGUUCUAGUCAGCACGAGUUUGUCCAUGAACAUCGAUUCAUUCGAACAACUCACAGCCCGAAUCUGA